UGGUGACAAAACUUUGUCCACUGAGUUUUAGUGUAGAAGCUCGACCAGUGCUGCCGGAGGCCGGUCUCUUUACUGAACAGCACCGCAGACUGACGUGGAAACAUGCCUCUGCGGUUGGACAUCAAGCGGAAGCUGACGGCUCGGUCAGACCGGGUGAAGAGUGUGGAUCUGCACCCCACUGAGCCAUGGAUGGUGGUCAGCCUCUACAGCGGCACUGUGGUGGUCUGGAACCACGAGACACAGACGAUGGUGAAAACCUUUGAGCUGUGUGACCUGCCUGUCAGAGUGGCCAAGUUUGUAGCCAGGAAACACUGGGUCAUUGCUGGAGCCGAUGACAUGCAGAUCCGUGUGUUCAAUUACAACACUCUGGAGCGAGUUCACAUGUUUGAGGCUCACGCUGACUACAUCCGCUGUAUCGCUGUCCACCCGACACAGCCCUACAUCCUCACCAGCAGUGAUGACAUGUUGAUCAAGCUGUGGGACUGGGACAGAAAGUGGGCAUGUAGUCAAGUGUUUGAGGGGCACACUCACUACGUCAUGGAGAUUGUCAUCAACCCCAAAGACAACAACCAGUUUGCCAGCGCCUCUCUGGACAGAACCAUUAAGGUGUGGCAGCUCGGUUCCAGGACUCCCAACUUCACUCUGGAGGGCCACGAGAAGGGGGUGAACUGCAUUGAUUACUACAGCGGAGGUGACAAGCCCUACCUCAUAUCAGGGGCUGACGACCGGCUGGUCAAGAUCUGGGAUUAUCAGAACAAAACCUGUGUUCAGACUCUGGAGGGUCAUGCCCAGAAUGUGACCUGUGUCAGUUUCCAUCCUGAGCUGCCAAUCAUCCUCACAGGCUCCGAGGAUGGCACUGUUCGAGUGUGGCACUCCAACACAUACCGACUUGAAAACACGCUCAACUAUGGCAUGGAGAGGGUGUGGUGUAUAUGUGGCCAGCCUGGCUCCAACAGUGUGGCUAUGGGCUAUGAUGAAGGCAGCAUCAUCAUCAAGCUUGGUCGGGAGGAGCCGGCCAUGUCCAUGGACUCCAGUGGGAAGGUCAUGUGGGCUCGCCACUCUGAGGUGCAGCAGGCCAACCUGAAGACCAUGGGAGAGGCUGAGAUCAGAGAUGGAGAGAGGCUACCGCUGGGUGUCAAAGACAUGGGCAGCUGUGAGAUCUACCCUCAGACCAUCCAACACAGCCCCAACGGGAGAUUUGUAGUGGUGUGUGGAGAUGGGGAGUAUAUCCUCUACACUGCCAUGGCCCUGAGGAACAAGAGCUUUGGCUCCGCUCAAGAGUUUGUCUGGGCUCAUGACUCCUCACAGUAUGCCAUCAGGGAAGGCAGCAGUAUGGUCAAAAUAUUUAAGAACUUUAAACAGAAGAAGGCUUUUAAACCUGACUUUGGUGCUGAAGGUAUCUUUGGUGGCUUUUUACUGGGAGUGAGGUCAAACAGUGGACUGGCCUUCUAUGACUGGGAGAGCGCUGAACUGAUCCGCCGCAUUGAGAUCCAACCUAAACAUAUCUUCUGGUCUGACUCUGGGGAGCUUGUGUCUAUCGCUACAGAUGAGUCUUUCUUUGUGCUGCGUUACCUACCAGAGAGAGUGGCAGCAGCCCAGGAGUCCAAGGAACAGAUGACAGAAGAUGGGAUAGAGGAUGCCCUCGAGGUGCUGGGGGAGAUCCCAGAGGUGGUGAAAACAGGGGUUUGGGUGGGAGACUGCUUCAUCUACACCAGCUCUCUUAACAGACUAAACUACUAUGUUGGAGGAGAGAUCAUCACCAUUGCUCACCUGGACAGGACCAUGUAUCUGUUGGGCUACAUCCCCAAGGACGAUCGUCUCUACCUUGGGGACAAGGAGCUGAACGUCAUCAGCUACUCUCUGCUGCUUUCAGUGCUGGAAUACCAGACAGCUGUCAUGAGGAGGGACUUCAGCACGGCCGACAAGGUUCUACCCACAAUCCCCAAGGAGCAGAGGAUCAGGGUAGCCCACUUUUUGGAGAAACAGGGCUUCAAACAACAGGCCCUGGCUGUGUCCACUGACCCAGAACACAAGUUUGACCUGGCCCUACAGCUGGGAGAGGUCAAGAUAGCCUACCAACUGGCCUUGGAGGCAGAGUCAGAGCAGAAAUGGAAGCAGUUGGCAGAGCUCGCUACUACAAAGUGCCAGUUUAGCUUGGCACAGGAGUGUCUGCACCAAGCUCAGGAUUAUGGGGGAUUAUUGCUGUUGGCCACCGCCUCGGGCAACGCCGACAUGGUGGGCAAGUUGGCCGAGGGGGCGGAUAAGGAUGGGAAGACCAACGUGGCCUUUCUAACCUAUUUCCUGCAAGGAAGACUGGACAAAUGUCUGGACCUUCUCAUCAAAACAGAUCGGUUGCCAGAGGCUGCAUUUCUUGCAAGAACGUAUCUACCCAGCCAAGUAUCAAGGGUGGUAAAGCUGUGGAAGGAGAGUCUGUCCAAGGUCAACCAGAAGGCAGCAGAUGCUCUGGCUGACCCCAUCCAGUACAGCAACCUGUUCCCUGGCCUCCAGCAAGCCCUGCUGGCUGAGCAGUACCUGAAGGAGACUCACGUCAGGGUCAGGCCUGCUGCAGAAUACCCGCUCAUCAUGCCAAAUGAGGACCGUAAUAUUCUGGAGGAAUCUGCCAGUUUUGUGCCCAAAGAAGAGAUCACAGAGCCAGAGGAAGUGGUAAAGAGCACAAAUGAAACAGUCAUGGUAGCAGCAGUGCCAGAGGCUGCACCUGUAGAAACAGCAGUGGUGGAGGAACCCGUUCCACUAAAACAAGAGAUUAUUGAUCCUGUUUCAACAGCAGAAGAAGAAUCUAUCCCAACAGCAGCAUCCCCUCUGCCCGUCACAGUAACAGAAGAGCACAUUGAACCCAAUCAAGCAGAAUCGAUGUCUUCUGAGGAGGACACCAUCACUAAAUCAGAGGAGGCUUCACUCUUAGUGGAGGAAGACAUUUUGGAGCCCACCACAGAGAUUACCCCCACAGAGCCAGAGAUGGUACAAUCCAGUCCUGUGGAAGAAGUUAGUUCAUCAGUUGAGACAGAUGUUCAGGAAAUUUCUCCAGCAGCUGAUGCUGUACCUGAUGUCUCAGAAACCAUCAUGGCAGCAGAAGACACACCAAGUGAGACAGUGGCAACAGAGGAUGUCUUAGUUAGCACUGAUCUGCCAGUUGAUGUCAUAGAGUCUAUAGCAAGUGCUAAAAUGCCCCUUUAUGAAGAACUGGAAACAGGUAUAAUCUCUGCAGAAGCACCGACCAUCAUAGAUACAGCAGCAGAGGAGACUCACGUUACUGAGGAGCUUGUUUCAGAAAUAGCAGCAUUACCUGUAGCAGUGGAGGAGCUCAUCUCCUUUGAAAACACAGCCAGUCUAGAGCUGGAUGUGCCUGUCCAAGUGCAGACUUUUCCAGAUUUGACCCUUGAUCCACUCCUAGACCCGCUCGAAGAUACAAUGCCAGUAUUGAAGCCAGUGGCAGCACAAGAACCAGAACAAGAGGAACAAACCCCAGCACUCCCAGUAAAGCCUGAGGUCAACCUGGAGCCUGCUGUGCUUCUGCAGGCUGAGCCAGAGGUUUUAUCCCCUGUAGCGGCUCCCGCAGAGGAGGACGUAGCAGAGCUGGGGGUAGGUCCUGAGGAACCAGCAGAGGACCUCGAGGCAGAGCUGAAUGAGGAGGCCCUGGAUGAUCUGGAUCUGGACAAUUUUGACCUGGAAGAUAUUGACACCACAGAUGUCAACCUGGAUGAGGAUUUCUUGAGUGAAUAGGAAGAGAAACCUUUCUCGAGCCUAAGUGUCUUUUCAGUGACCAAAGAACAAGGGUUAUUUACCAGGACAACAAGCUGUCAACAGGCUAAAAUGGCUUGUCCUCUUUGUGGUACUGUAGGACUCAAUAGUUAAAGUACACCUCCAAGAAGACAGAUUUAACUUCAAAUUAAGCCACAGCCCUGAUGAACCACUCUGACGAGUCCAGGUUGUUAAAAAUGUAUGAAAAGGGAAAUUGGGAUAAGAAAUAGAAAGAAAUACGAGAUACAUUGCAGCUAAAGUGUCCAGCUUAGAUUGUUCUUGAUCUUUUUUUUUUUACACUACACAUUUUCUAUUUAACCAAUACUGCAACCAUCAUUUUUGAUGUGUAUUCACAUCAGUUUACAAUAAAAAUCUCUAUUUUAGGGGUAGAACGCUACAACUGACUGCAAUAUGCACCAUUGUGACAAAUAAUGAAUCACUCCCAGUUCCUCUUCUUCCUCAUACAGUCUAACAUCACUGUUGAUCAGGGUGUUGACCAAACCAUGGAGGAAUUCAAGUUUAAAUAUUGAUUUAAUUCUUGAAGUGAAAUUUAACCAUUUAUUUUCUCUAACAUUCCUGCUGGAUCUUAGUUAUUUAGAGCAGUAUUUUUACAUGUUUAUCUGGGACAAAGCUGCCUGUGUCUUCUGAAUGUCAGGAUUUUUAUAUAUAUAUAUUUAAAAAUGCUGAACAAGCACAUUAUUUGGACAAUCCCCUAUUUGGUUACUCAAUGUCUGUAUUACCUCUUAGAUUUUGAUGUCCUAAUAGUUUGAUUUACCUCUCAAAGCUUUUAGUUUAUCAGAUAAACUGAUAUGAAAUACACAGUAUGUUUCUAUCACAGGCGCCAUUAGUGUAUUUCUAAGACUGUAUGGAUGGCUACUUUGUAUCUGGACCUCAAAAGUGAAAUACAUGAAUAAAGUCUUCCAUGUUA